GAGAAAACAAAAAAACAAAAAACAAAGCAAAGAGGUAUAUCAUCGUUGACGUAGCAGGUCAAAGAAAUGUCUGAUGAUUAGCCGUUAAUCAUAUCCUUCUCGCCUUAAUCAUAGCUUGCUAAACGGAAAUUGGAGGUGUGAAAUCAUCGAUCAAAAACUGUAGUGAAAGGGGAGAAAACCCUAGUUUGUGUAGAUUUCUUGGGUAAUGCCUGGCGUGAUGAACAGAUUGAGGAAUUUGGAUGCUUACCCUAAAAUCAACGAUGAUUUUUAUAGCCGUUCACUUUCCGGUGGACUCAUCACACUGGUCUCUUCCAUCUUCAUGCUGAUUCUCUUCUUCUCCGAGCUUCGACUUUAUCUUCACCCUGUUACUGAGUCUCAGCUUCGUGUUGAUACGUCAAGAGGAGAGAAGCUUCGCAUCAAUUUCGAUGUUACUUUCCCUGCUCUUGCUUGUUCGAUUAUUAGCCUUGAUUCCAUGGAUAUCAGCGGAGAGCAACACCUCGAUGUGAGGCAUGAUAUAGCUAAAAGAAGGUUAGACUCUUCUGGCAAUGUUAUAGAGACAAGACAAGAUGGAAUCGGUCAUACAAAGAUUGAAAAUCCAUUACAAAGACAUGGUGGCAGGCUAGAGCAUAAUGAAACAUACUGUGGUUCCUGUUAUGGAGCUGAAGCGACAGAUGAAGAGUGUUGUAAUUCAUGUGAGGAAGUUGGUGAAGCUUAUCGGAAGAAAGGUUGGGCCAUGUCAGACCCUGAGAUCAUUGACCAGUGUAAAAGAGAAGGUUUUGUUCAAAGGGUUAAGGACGAGGAAGGAGAAGGUUGUAAUAUUUAUGGUUUCUUGGAAGUUAAUAAAGUGGCUGGGAGUUUUCAUUUCGUUCCUGGGAAAACCUUCCGUCAUUCAGGAUUUCAUUUACAAGAUCUGUUAGCGUUCCAGGGAGACACUUACAAUAUAAGCCACAAGGUUAACAGGCUGACCUUCGGAGACUAUUUCCCUGGUGUAGUGAAUCCUUUAGAUAGUGUUCAGUGGACUCAAGAGACACUGAAUGGCAUGUACCAAUAUUUUAUCAAGGUUGUACCGACCGAAUACACAGAUGUUAAAGAGCAUAUUAUUCAGUCAAACCAGUUCUCUGUGACUGAACAUUUCGAGAAAACGGAAGCAGGACACACUCAGUCACUGCCUGGUGUUUUCUUUUUCUAUGAUCUUUCUCCAAUCAAGGUGAUUUUUACGGAGCAGCAUGUGGAGUUCUUGCACUUCCUCACCAAUGUUUGCGCUAUAGUAGGAGGCAUUUUCACGGUAUCCGGAAUCAUUGAUUCAUUCAUAUAUCAUGGACAAAGGGCGAUAAAGAAAAAGAUGGAAAUCGGUAAAUUCGGCUGAGUUAUACAACCCAUUGAUCGGUAACAAGGAGCAGCUCAAGAAGCUUGGAUUUUACAAGUGUUGUAUGGUUAUCAAUUCUGAUUAGAGUUGCAGAAACUAGUGCACUUUUUUGGAAGAAAAAAAACUCAAGAUUACCACUUUAAAUUGUCUAUAGUUGGCCCUGUUUCUCUUAUUUAAUGUGAGUGUCUUGUAUUAGAUUCAAAAUUAAUCUCGGGAUCUGUUAAUUUGUAAUUGUCAAAUGUUUUGGUUUAAGUUGUCAACAAAAUCGUUGAAUCGUUCUU